AAUGGAAUUCGGGUCAGCCCAAUAUGAGUCAGUUUAAUUUAUUAGGGGUGGAUGCUUUUACUUCGUAUCCAAAUUUCUCAUAAUACUCAUAAUACAACGAAUCAACCUACUCAGGAAUAUAUCAUAAUAAAACAUAAAUACAUCAUAAAAACGUAUCAGUUACGCAAGAAUUUGCUCAAUGACAUAUUUACACGUUCCCCAACCUAUCCGAUGAAUCUUGGUGGUGGAAUGAGUGACUCCUGAGUCUAUUCGCAGCUGCUCUGUCGCUUCCAUGAUCCACUCCAGUCCGGAUUUGGCAAGGAAGGAAACAGCUGCUGUAACGUUUUUGCAAUUUCAGGACAGAAGGAACAGCAAGUGAGACAUGCGGGGUCUAGAGGAGUCGCUCCAGCAGCAGUGGAGACCGGACGAGCAGCAGCAGACGUAGAUGAACAUGGCCGAGGACUAUUGGGAGCGCGCGGCGGCUUUGGGAUAUUAUUACUGCUGUUAAGAUUACACGAGCAACACAUACUCACUGACACAAGCACAUACGGAUCUCAACUCCACGGGGCGGUUCAACAGUGGCAGCCCCUCCACCCCCCUCAUCUCGUCCCCCAGUACCCCCACUGAUGGACCGCAUGAGGAAGAUCAAACGGCAGCUGUCCCUGACGCUGCGAGGGGGUAACAGCGGGGACAAGACCUUGAGUGAGACCAUCAGCUCUCAGGACACAGGAGCACACAGUGAUUCUGAGGCCAUGCCAGUUGGCGGCAGUGGUGGUCUGCGGGGUUCAGUGAGAGGUUCGGGGGGUUCCUUCAGCAUGCACUCCCUCCUGCAGUCCUACAGCAGCACCCUGCGCAGACCACGCAGCCUGGGCCGCAGUCUCAGCUCCUAUCUCAACCACACCACUCGCCUCGAAAUCGUCCAUGAGGAUGUUAAAAUGGGUUCCGAUGGAGAAAGCGAUCAGGCUUCAGCCACAUCCUCUGAUGAAGUGCACAGCCCCGUCCGAGUUCGUCUGAGAAAUAACCCCGGUCGCAAAAUUUCCACAGAGGACAUAAACAAACGUCUGUCUCUGCCUGCCGAUAUCAGGCUUCCUGAUGGCUACCUGGAGAAAUUCAACCUCAACAGCCCUCUGUUUGACAAACCGCUCAGCCGGAGAUUACGCAGGGUAUCGCUGUCUGAGAUUGGAUUUGGGAAAUUGGAGACAUACGUGAAACUGGAUAAACUAGGAGAGGGCACCUACGCAACAGUAUAUAAGGGCCGCAGUAAACUGACGGAUAAUCUGGUGGCUCUGAAGGAAAUCCGUUUGGAGCACGAGGAAGGAGCUCCAUGCACUGCCAUUAGAGAAGUGUCUCUGCUGAAGGACCUGAAACACGCCAAUAUUGUGACUCUUCAUGACAUCAUCCACACUCAGAAGUCUCUUACACUCGUGUUCGAGUACUUGGAUAAAGACCUGAAACAGUACCUAGAUGACUGUGGAAACUGCAUUCAUAUGCACAAUGUCAAGCUGUUCCUGUUUCAGCUGUUGCGAGGUCUGAACUACUGUCACAGACGUAAAGUCCUUCACCGAGACCUCAAGCCCCAAAAUCUUCUGAUCAACGACCGCGGGGAGCUAAAGCUGGCUGAUUUUGGUCUGGCACGAGCAAAGUCGAUUCCCACCAAGACCUACUCCAAUGAGGUGGUGACGCUCUGGUACCGCCCCCCUGACAUCCUAUUGGGCAGCACAGACUAUUCUACUCAGAUUGACAUGUGGGGUGUUGGCUGUAUCUUCUAUGAGAUGUCUACAGGUCGACCCUUGUUCCCGGGCUCCACUGUGGAGGAGGAGCUGCACUUUAUCUUCAAACUGCUUGGUACGCCCACAGAGGAGACCUGGCCCGGAAUAACCUCCAACGAGGAGUUCGUCUCCUAUAACUACCCCCGAUACCGCGCCGACUGUCUCCACAAUCACACUCCACGAUUGGACAAUGAUGGAGUUGAACUUCUGUCGAAGCUGCUGCAGUUUGAGGGGAAGAAACGGAUCGCAGCAGAGGAAGCUAUGAGACACCCAUACUUCAGCUGCCUGGGAGCGAAAAUUCUCACACUGCCAGACACUACAUCAAUAUUUGCACUUCAAGAAAUUCAGCUGGAGAAGGAGCCCGGAAUGAGGACGAAUUCCCUGUCAGAAUCAGUCAACAGCAUAUCUCAACGGCAGAGCCUGCUCUUCUGAGGGCACGUGGGGUGGCUCUGGAUGGGGAAGAUGGAAGAUAAAUGGGGAGGACGCGUUCAGACGAGGGAUGUCUGUUUUUCAUUGGCUAGUCCUGUGGCAUUAUGUGUGUAGAAGGGGUCACUGCAGUUGUUUACAUGGAGAGGCUGAGGAUGAUGAUUUGUGUAUUGUUUUCUUUGUUUCAAAUAACGCACUUCUCCUUCCCUGUUCACAACACAAACAUGUUCUUCCUGUUUUGCUGUACCUUCUCAACAUGGUUGCGUCAAUCCAGCCGCUGUAAUCAACCAAUCAGAUGCUGAAUGUUACUGGAUGGCCUGACUCUUCAUCCUUUGACUGAAACAAAUCGUUUUCUUUGCAAUACUUCUCAAUAGUAAUGUAAGAGGAAGGCGAGUUUAUGAAGGAACGUGUCAUGAAUGCUGUUAAUAUCCAAAAGCCAAGUAACUCUAGUCUUCCAGUAAAUGGUCCCCUUCAUUAGAGUCAUCGGCCCUCCCAUCCAAAGAUGAACAUUUAGUACUAUGCCAACACAAUGGUUCAUCGUAAUCAACCAUAAUCUGUUAUUUGUAUUCAUCAGAACAUUGACGACAUGCUGUACUUUGUUUUUGUUUGCAAAAGCAUUUCCUUUUUAAGUUGAUGUUUACUGUUUUUUUUUUUUGCCAUGCAAUACAGUUUGAUCAUCUAGAAACGGUUUCACCAAAGAACCCCAUGCCAUCUCUGUGUCCCUUUUGGUUUGAAUUAUGAGCUUCCAUUUCCAUUGUAAUGUUCAAGUGAACCCUCGAUCAGCUGUCAAGGACAAAAUAUUUGUGCAAAGCAACUUAUAAUGUUUGAGUUGCAUUGCAACAUUGAAGGAAAGCCUCCGAUAAUCUCGACGCAUAUCUAGUUCAAGCCUUGUUGAUAAUUCUUCCAUUACUGCAGCUCUUACGGCUGUCACUCUGGUUGAAAACUGAGCUGGUUACUAUGUCGGUUCAGUCAGGGUGAUGAGAACUCAUAAUGGGAUGCCCGGGCGCAUGUGGAGAACCGGUCCACUUGUGUAGGGCUCAGGUGUCUGUCACUCUGCAGAACAGCUGAGUGCGGUGGAUAAUGUUCUGCAUCUCGGCCCGGUUGUUCAUACUCUGCAGGUUUUGGAGCCCAUUGGUGUCGCGUAACACCACAGAUUCAAAACGGUACGUCCCCUGGCGUGUACGAUUCAGGGCAUCCCUGCACAAUGUCUAUGAUUAAAACUGUCCCACAAAUGUGAUUAUUGGGUGAAUCUCUGAAGAAAAAAUAAAAGAAAAAAGUUAAGGUGAUAUUUUACCCUGAAAUUAAGAGAGAAAUAAUACAUUUU